GCUUGCUUGGUCCAGGCUGCUUUUCCUUUCCCACCCUCCCUCAACUGCUGCCGAGCCCCUCUUAAUGCCUUCCAAGUUUCCUUUGCCCCCCACCCCUCCAUUUAAAUACUUCCGCGCCCUCCCCGUUUGAAGCAGAAGUCUCUUGUUUUCCUUCAACAGCCAUCCUGGACGGCUGGCAUCGUCGAGGCCACCAGGAAAGUUGGAUUUACGUGACAGGACAUUCUCCAAGCAGGAGGAGGCUGACAGUGAGGCAAAGCCAUCUUAUUUGUCCAUUGUAAACCAGCAGAGAACCCAUGAGCAUGGUUGGGAUUUAGAGUGCUGCUAAUGAGGCCUGGACUGUUUGAAGGCCAUCAAGAGGCUUGAGGCCUACCUGUGAGACUGCUGGAGUACAACCUGCUCCACCCACAACUGAACCUGACCUCUCCAGUUCCACCACCCUGACUCCUGUGCAAAAGAGCUCUCACACUUGUUGCCAAAAUGCCUAUUUUGAAGCAGCUGGUGACAAAUUCCGCCAACUCCAAACGCCGCUCUCGGGCCGACCUGACUGCAGAGAUGAUCAGCGCUCCCCUUGGUGAUUUCCGCCACACCAUGCACGUGGGACGGGCUGGUGAUGCAUUUGGGGACACCUCCUUCCUCAACAGCAAGGCUGGGGAGGGGGAACAGGAAGCCGCUGAGGAGACAAGUUCCUCAUCCAAACCAGGCCUGCUGUCACGCAAGUUCCGCAGCAGCAAGCGGUCUCAGUCCGUCACCCGGGGCGACCGGCGGGAUAUGCUGGGCUCUCUGAGGGACUCUGCCAUUUUUGUGAAGAAUGCCGUCUCCCUCCCUCAGCUUACUGAGAAGGAGACGGACAGGAGUGGUGGGAAGCAACUGCCCAAGAGCCUUUCCUCCAGCCCUGUCAAGAAAGCCCCUGAGGAGAAGACCCCUGAAGAGAAGCACAUGAACGGUGCGGCAGCCGCUCUUAGCUCUGGGCCCCACAGUCCUGGCUUGGAAGAGCGGGCCUUUGGUGACAUAACGGACCUGCCCUUGGUAGUGCCCAAGGGCAGCUACGGCAUGAAGCACGCAGAGUCCAUCAUGUCUUUCCAUAUUGACCUGGGGCCCUCCAUGUUGGGGGAUGUCUUGAGCAUCAUGGAUAAGGACCCAUGGGAGCAAGAGGAUUCUGGUUAUCAUGGUGCAGAAGACCCCCAGAGGGAGGCAGGCCCUGCGGAGGCAUUGACAGGCCACUGGCUUGGCCAGGAAAGCAAGCUCCCCCAGGAUUCCUUGGUUCAGUCGGAUGACAGCAGAGCAGCAACCUACAGCCCUGGAUCUGCCCGCAGCAUUACCAGUCGCCUGACAAUGGACAGCAGCUCCAUCUCCAGUGGCACCUCUGUGGGAGAGGAACAGCGUACUUUAGUCUCCAGGGGACAGAACCAGGGCGUUCCAGAGCAUACGAGGCAGGACGCUGCUAAACAGCCGGAAAAGGAAUUCUCCUUCAUGGAUGAGGAAGACGACGAGAUAAGAGUAUAAGAAAGGUGACUGGAGCCUUUACAGUUGGCUGGGCUCAAGAAGGAAAAUUUUUCAACAGAUUCUGGAAUAAAUUGUGGUGCGGAAAAAGUUGAAUGCUCUUGACCCCCUUUCUCAAUCUUCAGUUUUCAACACCAUCAUUCCGUUAAACAGACUGUUGAAGAAAGAUGGUGUUUUCUUUUGUUUAGUUUUCCCUGUUUUGGGGGGUCUGAGACAAGGAGCAGGUGGGGGGGAUUCACAUUUAAAUGGCCUCUUUAAAAUAUUUUGGGUGAUUCCAGAGUCAAAGGAAUAAAAGACAACGCUUGAGCAUAUUUGAAGAAACAUUCUUCGCAGGAGAGAACUCGGAGUGUAAUGAAACAGGUUAAACAAAAACAAAAGCAGGCCAAGAGUUAUUUACUGGCAAUAUAGAGCUGAAUACUAGAGCAAAGCUCAAAAGAACUAGUUUCCCUAUUAAUAUAUAUAUUUUUCCUUUACAUUUUUACUAGUACUUAUUAUUAUUAUUAUUUUCUAAUUGCCCAGGAGAAUACCAUUCUGGACCUAGCACAACAUUGAAGGAUGCAAUAUAUUUGUAGACAGCAAAAAAAGAUGGAAGCUUGAAAUAACCAGACCCUCCAAAUCUUACAUGUUUUGGAAGCUAAGCGUUCUCUCCCUGUGGGCAGGCCUCUGGGAAGAUCUACAAACGUUGGAAUUUACGCUAGAGAUUUCGUGUGGUUUUUUUCCAGAUCAGAGCUAGAGGAACUCUUUGGGAAUACAUAUUGUGGGGGGUGUGGUGAUGGGAGAAGCACAGCUAUUUUACCUUUUGCCUUUAUGUUGGGUCCUUCUUUUGGUCUUGUUUUGGGCACACAAGUUGAUGCUAGCAAUUCUUGGAAGAGCAUGACUUAAACCCUCCCUGCCCCUGAAUGUUGCCACCUUUGAUGGUGGUUAUGUGAAACUCUCCCUGUAGUGAAAUGUUUUCAUUUAGCUCCCAAGGACUGUUUAGAAUUCCCCAGUGCGAGGUGAAUUUCAAGUGUGGUGGUCAGUCUAGCUGUCCCAUUGAUAAAGAGAAAUAUUUUUCUUUCCCCCCCCCCUUUCUGUUUCCAGGCUCUUCCUCCUUUUAUAACACGGACAAGAUGUUUGUGUUGUUAGGAAAACUAAUGGGGGAAUGUGGCUUACCUGCACGCCUACAGGUGUAAACGGAAAGUCCCACAAGCAGCCUAACCUGAUACAACUUCAUCCUUUCUUAGUUGAGACUCUAGAAUAUCACCAAGGCUGACCGAAGAACAAUGAUCUUGGCACUCCCCAUUCCAGGAACAAUGGAGACUCUGCCCUGCUCAGUUCCUCCCCAUUGAAAUGGCUUUUAGGGCCCUCCCUCCCAGGUUAUUUGGGAGCUGCUGCUGACAUUCCUGCCUCCUAGAGUUUCAAUUUUUCUUUUUUCUUUUUUGCCUUCAUUUUGCAGGGCAUUAAACACUUAACUCCUGCCUUAAUUUUUAUUUUUUAACUUUUUGUUCAUACUGUAUAUUAGAUUUGCCCAUCCCUUUGGGGAGUAGGUUUAUCUCCCUUCUUCGGAUUGUGAAUUUGUUGCUUGUGUACAGGUGUUCCGUUGGUGCGUUGGAUGGAGGACUUUUUAACAUGGAAGUAUGUUUUUGUUUUAAAAUUCAAAGAAAUUAAACUAUAGUGAAAAACAAACAAAACCACAGACCUUAAA